AUGGUUCUCGUCUCUCUCGCCGCCCUGCUCCUCGUGUCUUGGCCAACUACAUCAUCUGCUGUCACGAUUAGCGAAAUACAGGGUGUUGCUUUCAAGUCUGCAUUCACAGGGCAGACUUUGUCGAACAUCACUGGCGUAGUUUCCGCAAAGGGUUCCAGCGGAUUUUGGCUCGCAGGAAAGACCUCAUGGGACACUCGACACUCUUCGGGCCUGAGUGUAUUUACUUCUUCAGCCAGUGUCCUCUCCUCGGUCGCAGUUGGGGACUCCAUCUCUCUUACCGCUCGGGUCACUGAAUUCCGCUCUUCCUCUUCUCCAAACAACCUCUUCGGUACUGAGCUCACAUCUCCAGUCAAUAUCACGCUCAUCUCGUCAAACAACACUGUCAGACCCAUCGUGAUUGGCCGCGACCGCUCCCCGCCAACGCAAGCUCUUAGUGCGCUUGAUGCAGGUGCAGAUGGCUGGUUAGGGGUGCCGAACAAUGUUUCUAGGAUCGAUGUCGUCAAUGCAACCCUCAGACCAGAGAAAUAUGGCUUGGACUUCUGGGAGAGCCUGGAGGGCGCGCUCGUCACUGUCCCCAAACCGGUUGCAAUAGAUUUCCAGAAUAGUUUUGGAGAGUUUUGGGUGCGUGGCGCAUGGAAGGCGACAGGCGUUAACUCUCGUGGUGGAUUGACCAUUACAAUCGGACCCGAUGGCAUUCCGGACGCCAAUCCUGAGGCAAUCAUUAUCGGAAGUCCACUUGACGGUGCAAAAAAUCCCAAAGUCGCUGUCGGGACAAAACUUUCUGAUAUCACAGGUGUGAUUCAAUAUCAGUUUGGGUUCUUCUAUCUUUUGCCUACCACUGCGCCUACGAUCGUUUCCUCGCCGGACCCCACUGUUCCACCAACCACUCUUAAGUCUAGCAACAGUUCUUGCGUACUUACGCUUGGAGAUUACAACAUUGAGAACAUGAUGCCUACGUCGGCGCACAUGCCCAUCGUUGCUGGGCACAUUGCCAACCAGCUCCUUACGCCCGACAUACUCUUCGUGCAAGAAGUGCAGGAUAAUUCUGGCGCAACGAAUGACGGCGUAGUCAACUCGAACGUCACCCUUACUGCGAUCUCGAACUCCAUAUUGAACGCGAGUAGCAGUCACGUCAAGUACGACUUCGUUGCCAUCGACCCUGUCAAUAAUAAAGACGGUGGCCAACCUGGUGGUAACAUUCGACAGGCAUAUUUGUACAAGCCGACUAAAAUGAGCCUCGUCUCAGGCGCCCCUGCUGGUGGGGCGCUCGACGCAACAAAUGUCACUAUCAGUGCGAAUGGAGAGAUCGAAUUAACUUUCAAUCCCGGCCGCAUCGAUCCAACCAACAGCUGUUGGGACGACUCACGCAAGCCGCUUGUAGCACAAUGGGAGACACCUUCUGGCCACCGAUUUUUUACGAUCAAUCAUCAUGGUACUUCUAAAGGUGGCAGUUCUUCGACGGGUGGUGACGCGCGCCCUCCAGUCAACUUCAACGUCGCUAAGCGCACCGCCCAAGUCGAGACCAUAAGUGCCUUUGUGAAAAGCAUUCUCAACCUGGACCCGCGUGCUUCUAUCCUCCUCGCUGGCGACUUCAACGAGUAUGCCCAAACCCGCUCCGUGUUUUCCGCCUUUGAUGGCGUCCUGUUCGAAGCGGAUGAACUGGCCAACGUCCCACUUGUCGAGCGAUACACGUACGUUUUCGAUCAGAACAGCGAGGCGCUGGACCAUGUUUUCGUCAGCGCGGCAGUAGCAAGAAGGGGUAUCAAAGUUGAACAUGUUCACGUGAACAAUUGGUCACCAAGUCUCGAUGCAAGAGCGAGCGACCAUGACCCCAGUGUUGCGCGAGUCCGGAUUUGUUGA